AUGGCUCAGCAGUCUGAGCAAACCAGCGUUGUGGCUGAUCCUUUCAUCUUGAAGCUUCCUCAUCCAUACCUCACGGCGUAUGCGAUCACGAAUAAAGCUACCUCUGGACAACCGAAGCGGUUCCAAAUCUCGCUUUCCAAAGAGCAUUCAGAAAAGAACGGAACUGCUCCGCCGGUGACCCUUCACCAUGACAGCCUCUCGUUUAGCGACAUAGCCUUCCUACAGGGUAACUCAAUUCCGCCCAAGGGUGACAACAGCUCGUGGGCCAGAGCACGGCGAGCGCCCUAUGUCACAAUUUCCUGGUCUGGCGAUAGACCCUCCGUUCCGCAACUUUGGCUAGUUGCCUACACCCUCGUUUCGCAGCAUCCAUUUGUCGAGAACAUUCGUAUUCUAUUCUCUGGGGACGAUGCCGCAACUCUCGCGACCGAACUCUAUACGACUGGUCUUCUCCACCCACAUCCCAAGGGCUCAAACUCCUCAGCUCCGCACGAUGGCGAUCUUCUGCUUCGAAGUACGUUUUGGCAAGGAGCUGCAUCUCCAUUCGGUUCUCGCCCAGCGUGGGCGCCACAUCUGGAUGCGGAGAACAAGCCAAUGACUGCGGAAUUUCCUCCUUUUCCUUUCCAAACGGCUCCAAGCACAAUAUUUCCCGCACUCCCACGCCACACUAUACACCCUGUACGCCGGCCAAAACCAGUCCCAGGAUCAGUCAUCUACAGUCGCUGGAUCCCACAUCUGCAAGAGCAUUUCACUAUGAUUGCUCUUGACUACACCAAUGAUGAACACUUGCGUUUGUUUAACGUGUGGCAGAAUGACCCACGCGUUGCUGCAGGCUGGAACGAAACCGGGACGCUAGACCAGCAUCGCGAGUACCUGCGAAAGCUGCAUGAAGACCCACACGUGGUUACCAUGUUCGCGGCAUUCGACGACGUGCUCUUCGCUUAUUUUGAGGUCUACUGGGCAAUGGAGGACCACAUGGGUGCACACUUCCUCGCAUCGCCCUACGACCGCGGCCGCCAUUCGCUGGUUGGCGAUAUUAGAUUCAGAGGUCCUUAUCGGGUCUCCGCCUGGUGGUCUGGACUCAUGCACUACAUGUUCCUGGACGAGCCACGGACCUGGAAUCUCGUCGGCGAGCCUGCACAAACCAGUAGUACGGUCCUUGCUUACGAUUUCGUUCACGGAUUCCACGUCGAGAAGCUGAUCGACUUGCCGCAUAAGCGAAGCGCGUUGAUGAUGGUCAAUAGAGAGAAGUUCUUCGCACUCAGCCCGUUUGUUUGGGACGGCGAGAAGAAGGUCCGCCCCAGCCUGGACGCUCUCGCAAAAUUGUAG